AUGCGCUUCGAUAACGACCCGUUGAAACAGCCGCCGUCGCCCUCACAAGCCUUCACAAACGGCUCUUCACGCUCCUCAGGGCCCAAGUCGCCCUUGGGGAGAGCAGCAAAUGGAGACUCGCGCACAAGUGCGGAAAGCAACGGCGCGUAUACAAAUGGAAGCUCGACGGCGAACCGCAGUCCAGUACCCACAACAUACUUUGGACACGACAAGGAUGAGAUCACACGCAUAUUAAUACAAAGUCUGACCGACCUGGGCUAUCAUGAAGCAGCAGGUGCGCUGUGCAGAGAGAGUGGCCGUCAGCUAGAAGGUCCGACAGUGGCAUCCUUCCGCCGCUCCGUCCUGGAUGGCGACUGGGACGAGGCAGAGGAGCUACUGUUCGGCACCCUGACCCACGACAACGGGGGUGGUGUAGGCUUGGACGACUCGUAUGGGAAGUCUUGGGGCAAAUCACGGUCAAGAGCAAACUCACAACCUUCGGGAGGGCUGACGCUGGCUGAGGGCGCAAACAGGGACGAGAUGCUGUUUUGGAUGAAGCAACAAAAGUACUUGGAGCUACUGGAGCGGAGAGACCUUGCCAAGGCACUGACAGUAUUGCGACAAGAGCUUACACCGCUCCGUCAGGACGUCAGCCGGCUUCAUGCUCUUUCCAGUCUUAUGAUGUGUUCCUCAGCGGAGGACUUGCGGCAGCAGUCGCAGUGGGACGGUGCGCAAGGCGAGUCACGAACACAUCUACUCUCCGAUCUGUCCAAGUCAAUAUCUCCAAGCGUCAUGAUACCAGAGCACCGGCUAUCCGCACUCCUGGACGAAGUCAAGGACAGUUGGAUAACGAACUGUAUGUACCACAACACCACGGACUCACCCUCGCUGUACCUUGAUCACAACUGCGAGCGAGACGAUUUUCCGACCAAGGCGGUCCUAGACCUCAAAGACCACAAAGACGAAGUUUGGUAUCUGAAGUACUCAAAUGAUGGCACCAAACUGGCAUCAACAAGCAAAGACACGACAAUCAUCAUCUACGAGACGUCAACGUACAAGAUCCUACAUCAUCUUGAGGAUCAUCUAGAUUCAGGGGUAACCCAUCUAGCAUGGAGCCCGGACGAUUCGAAAAUCGUUACGUGUUGUUCGCAGCCGGAAAACUCCGCUAGGAUAUGGGACGUCAAGACUGGCGCGUGCAUUCUAUACAUCAACGACUUCACAUAUCCGUGCACGACAGCCGCAUGGGCGCCCGACGGUCGACACGUCGUCAUUGGAUCGCAGGACGAUAAACUAGGCUGUGGAAUCUGGGAUCUGAGCGGUCAUCAGAUACACAACUUCUGUGAAGACGGCUCGAAACUCCGCGCGAACGAUCUCGCGAUAUCGCCCAACGGCGAGCGCCUCGUCAUUGUCUCUGAGCACUCAAUCGCUGUCUACGAUUUCGUCAGCUACAAAAAGAUUUGCGAGUGGCAUCCUGAGUCCAAGUUGACCAGCGUCACGAUCAGCCAAGAUUCGCGGCAUAUGCUCGUCAGCAUGAAUCCAGACAUGAUUGAGCUGCUGGAGAUCGACAGUGCGGACUUGAUACAAAAGUUUGAAGGACACCAGCAGAAGCAAUUCAUCAUCCGCUCAGCGUUUGGCGGCGCGGAUGAGAACUUUGUAGUGAGCGGCAGCGAAGGUACUUUCAUAUCCUUUUCUAUCACAUUCUUAGCUAACAUCCAAUCGCAGACUCAAGAAUAUACAUCUGGCGGUCCAAUGGAGUCCUUGUUGAAGUGCUCGAUGCGCAUCCUGGUUGUGUGAAUAGUAUUGCAUGGCAUCCCAAAGAUUCCAGCGUUUUCGCAUCAGCGGGUGACGAUGCUAAAGUCAGAAUCUGGAAACCUUUACGGGCGGCUCUCACGGAACCGAGUCGUAGCAGUUCAAAUGGUCAUGGACGGUAG